CGAGAGCGGCCGAACCCAGCUGAAGCCGGGGCGGAAGAAGCCGAAAUGCUACCGGAAAUUGCCGAAGCCCGAGAGGGAGGGCUGAACGUGGGGCGGAGGAAUCCGAAGUGCUGCCGGAAACUCCCGAAGCUGCGGCGGAAGGAGCCGAAGCGCGGAGUGGGAAGAGCCCCCAAGAUGGCGGCUGAGUGCGGCCUGUGCUGGCGCGCCGAGGCGCCCUACACCUGCCCGCGCUGCCACCUGCGCCUCUGCUCCCUGCCCUGCUACCUUGGCCACGGCCCCUGCGCCCAGGCCUUCGCCCAGCGGGGCGGGGACGCCCCCCAGCCAAGAGGGUCUCCCACCAGCCUCCAGCAGACAUCAGGGGAUCCCAGCUCGGAGUCAGGAGUCGCCUGGAGCUGCCCAGAGCUGGAGAACGGGGAGCUCAGCCACCCCCAGUUACUUGCGGACACCCCGGGGGACCCCCGGCCAGAGCCAGAAGUUGCCUGCACCGAGUUGGAGCUGGAUAAUGUGGAGCCCCGUAGCCCCAGGCCAGGGGGACCCUCCUGGCUCUCUGCAGAGAUAUCGCAGGGCUUCGGUUCAGAGCCAAAUGUGGACCAGAGCAGCCCGGAGCUGGAGGAUGUGGAGCCCAGCCCCAUGCCCCCUGUGCCAGCCUCCAUCCCGCCACUGAGCGCCCUGACCCGGGGCCCGGCCUCCCCCUUGGUGGGCUUCCAGCUGCCCAAUGUGCUCUAUGCCUACGCCUACGCCCUGACCCUCUACCACGGGGAGCCGGAGGAUGAUGCUGCGCUGCUGCUUGACUUUGCGGACACCGUCCUGAGUGUGUCUGGGGCUUUGGGGCACCAGCAAGGCUUCAGCUCCAUUGGUGAGGCCCUGCAAGCCGCUGUGCAUGCGGUGACCGCCUGCCAGCUGCCUGAGUGUCCUCUGGGCAAUACUGGUGCCAUCCUGGCCGUGGCUGAGAUCCUGAGGGGCGAGAGUCCUGCCCAGCAGAAGGAUUACACCCUGACCUCCCUGGCCCAUCUUGCCCAGCUGCUAGGCCAAGCCAAGAAGCAGCUUCCCACAGCAGAGCGGUCGCAUGUGUACAGAGCCAAGAAGAAGUGCGAGUUCCUGCUCUCCUGGGUCAAUGACAACCCAUCGGCAUUGCCCCUCCUGGCCCUGGAGGCAGAGGCCGAGUACCGGACUCGCAUGAAAGCCCUCAGGGAAGUGAACACUGUCACCAAGGAGCUGGAGAGGAUGUGGGGUGGGAAAAUGCCACCCCCCAAGACACCACUGAUUGAGGAGCUGGACUAAGCGGUUGGGGUCAGGCCUGGACUGGUACUUUGAACUGAAUGGGGGGGAUGUGAAUAAGUUCAGACUUUAGCUGGUUGCGUGGAUUUGUAAUAAAGCCUGGUCUGUCA